UAUUCUAUCUAUCACAUACUUUGAAAAUACAUCAUACAUACUUUAAAAAGGACCCAGCCCAAUAACCGCUGUUCACAUAAUCUACAUACAUCGUCUUGCAACCGUUACAAUUCCUAAUCGAAACCUUCCUCGUCGAUAGUCACCUUGGCGCCGGGAGAUGGGAGUCGCCUGAAGGAGAGAACCGCCAAUUGCGAAAGGCUGCUCCUAUAGGUUAGCUGGAAAAGAAGAUCACAGACUUCGGAUGAAUUUUAAGAAGAUGGCCGCAACGGUUGCCAAACCCGGCCUAAUACCACGAGUUAUACAAGAGCACAGCCUGCGCCCCAUCACAAAUACAGACGCCGGCGCCGUCGCGCAAGAAGAGGAUGCCGACCCGAAAGUGCCACCGCAGCACCAGCGAUUAAAGCUGAGCGACUUUGCGCUCGUGAGGACUCUCGGAACAGGUACAUUUGCCAGAGUCUGUUUAGUCCGCCCUGCCACUGGCGCCGAAGAGGAGCGCGAAAAAGUCUUCGCCCUUAAGAUCUUGCGAAAAGCCGAGGUCAUUAAGUUAAAGCAGAUCGAUCAUGUUCGAGACGAGCGCCGCAUCCUGAGCGACGUAGCCGGCCACCCCUUCAUCACCGAGCUAAUCACCACCUUCUCGGACCAUGACUCGUUGUACAUGCUGCUCGACUAUAUCCCCGGUGGUGAACUCUUUAGCUAUCUGCGAAGGCACCGGCGGUUUCCGGAGGAGUGGGCUCAGUUCUAUGCGGCUGAGAUUGUCUUGGUACUCGAAUUUCUUCAUGACCAUCAAGGCGGCGUGGCAUAUCGCGAUUUGAAACCUGAAAACCUCCUUCUGGACGGUCAGGGUCACGUGAAGCUAGUUGAUUUCGGGUUUGCGAAGAGGCUUGGUAGUAGGGAUAGCAGACCCGUCGAGACUUAUACUCUUUGCGGCACUCCCGAGUAUUUGGCGCCGGAGGUGAUCCAGAAUAAGGGGCAUACCAUAGCUGUGGAUUGGUGGGCAUUGGGCAUCCUGAUCUACGAAUUCCUUACUGGGUAUCCACCAUUUUGGCACCAGAAUCCCAUCGAGAUCUACAAACAGAUAAUCGAGAAACCGGUGCUGUUCCCCGCCGAGCCCCCUAUUUCGCCCAAUGCGCAAAACGUCAUUCGCUCGUUCUGCACGGUGGACCGCUCGAGACGGUUAGGAAACCUCAUCGGCGGCACCCAGCAGGUCAAGUCGCACCCGUUCUUCGAAGGCAUAGAUUGGGACGCGCUGUACAACCGACAGAUCAGGCCGCCGAUUCAGCCCAACGUACGGUUUCCGGGCGAUGCGCAAUGCUUCGACGUCUACCCCGAGGACGACGGCAAGCGAGACCCGUAUUCGGAGGACCUGGCUCGUCAAUAUGAUCGCUAUUUCGAGGGGUUCUGAUCUAAUGGAUGGUAUAACUUCCGUACAUCAUACCUGGGGCUAGGCUAUCUUAUUAUCUUAUGACGAGGUAAAAUAAAAAGGCACAGUUGGGCAUCGUUGGGCAUAAUCAAAAAUCUUACGGACGGAACGUGAUCGUGGGAUUCCGUCGUCAGUCAUGUGUAUGUACAGUACUUAUGGGGCUUACGUCCGAACGAAUCUUUUUUAGGUGUCUGGGAGCGACUCGUGCUUUGUCUUAUAGGAUUACAUAAAGGGUAAUCAGGCUCCUCUUAUGAACUUCUGGAUAGUUCGACGAGGUUCUGCCAUCUUGUAUAAUAUAACUUAUCUAUCAAAGGAAGCACUGUAUUUGUCUAUUUAUGUUUACUUGUAUGAAUUGCUGGUGAUGGUUAGAAGCUACAGUGUGUUACUUAUGGGUAGCGUAUAAUCAUCCUGGUCAUAAGAAGGCAUAGGUAGCAAUUUUCAGUAUAUAUAAUAUAGG